AUGGAUCUCAGUCAGAACCACAUCCACAAUCAAUCUGCUGCCAACCUCUACUACCAGUUCGGUUCAGACAAUUCGUUCCCUGGCUUGGGGACUCAGCAGCAGUUUCCACCAUUCACCUCGCCGUUCGGCGCUUCACCAUCCACCAAUAUCCCGCACAUGGACUGGAACCCUGCUACGAUGCUAGACAACCUCACCUUCAUCGAGGAGAAGAUACGGCAAGUGAAGGAUGUCAUCCAUACAAUGGUGGACAGUGGUGGCCAGCUUUCGUGCCACCAAGGUGAGAUCGCUCAGAAGAAACAGGUGGUUAAUGCAGACCUGACAUGCCUUAUAGUUCAGCUCAUCUCUACCGCCGGGAGCCUUCUCCCGUCACUGAAGAACUCGUCCUUUCUGAGACAUCCUGCUGCUGGGCACAUGGACAUGGCUAACCAUGUUGGCCCAAGCUCAGGCUUAGUUCCUAAUGCGAUGACCGUUUCUGAAGAGAACAAGGAGGACAUGUGUAGCCCUGAAGACUAUGAGGAACUUUUCAAGGGAUGGACUGAUGGUACUAUCAAAGAAGGCAUUGAAAUCGGCAAUGUUCUUGUCGAGGAGCAGGAUAUGAAGGAUGGCGAUGAAGGCAAAGAUGGAGAGAACCUACCGCCAGGUUCGUGCGAGUUACUGCAGCUGGAGAAGGAUGAGAUAUUGGCUCCGCACACACACUUCUGCUCCAUCUGUGGAAAGGGUUUCAAGAGGGAUGCGAAUCUGCGGAUGCACAUGAGAGGGCAUGGCGAUGAGUACAAGAGCCCAGCUGCACUAGCCAAGCCACCAAGAGACGCAAGCGCGGAGCAUGAACUGGUGAAGAGGUACUCGUGCCCGUUUGUCAGCUGCAAGCGGAACAAGCUGCACAAGAACUUCCAGCCCCUCAAGACCAUCCUGUGCGUGAAGAACCACUACAAGCGGAGCCACUGCGAGAAGAGCUACACCUGCAGCCGGUGCCACACCAAGAAGUUCUCCGUCAUGGCUGACCUCAAGACGCAUGAGAAGCACUGUGGCCGGGACAAGUGGCUGUGCUCGUGUGGAACAAGUUUUUCAAGGAAGGACAAGCUUUUCGCACAUGUAGCUCUGUUCCAAGGCCAUACGCCGGCAUUGCCAUCAGAGGAGCCAAAGACUUGCUCAGACCAGAUCAGUCAUGCAGGGAGCCAUCAGGAAUCAACAAAAGUCCCAAACUCCAUGGGAAGCAGCUUCAUGUGGGGUGCCUCCUCAGGGGAUAACAAUGCGCUGGAUAUCAAAGGGUUUGAUGGCUGUAAUGAUGACUUCCUGUCGACAGCGAACUUUGGUUCCUUCAAUCUCAGUUUUGGGCCAGCUGAUGGAUUUACAGGAGAGCCUUCUGGUGGUUCGUUCUCGAUGUUACCUUCUGAGCACUUUCAGAGUGCUUAA